AUGAAACCCCAGACGUACGAAUUCUUCUCGAACGACUCCACAUCCCUCCUCGGGGCCAUGGUCAAGCCGCUGUCCUUCAAGGGCGACAAACCCAAGAAGCGCAAGCGCGCGCGCGCCACCACCGACGACGGCGACGACGACGCCGGCGCGGGGGCCUCCUCCUCGGCGAGCAAGCAGCUGCGCAAGGCGGACGAUGUGCCGUCCGCCGACGAUGACGACACCUGGGUCGCCGCCGACGCCCCGUCCGACGUCUCCGGGCCCGUCAUGUUCGUCCUCCCGACGGACCCCCCCUCGGCGCUGGCCUGUGACGCCGCGGGCAAGGUCUUCACCAUGGCCGUCGAGAACAUGGUCGAUGCGAACCCGGCGACGGCCGAGCCGCACGACGUCCGCCAGGUCUGGGUCGCGAACCGCAUCGCAGGAACCGAGCACUUUCGCUUCAAGGGACACCACGGGAGGUAUCUGGCCUGCGACAAGAUCGGCCUGCUCUCCGCGCACUCCGAGGCCGUCUCGCCGCUCGAGACCUUUAGCCUGGUCGCCACCGCCGACACGCCCGGCACGUUCCAGGUGCAGACGCUGCGCGAGACCAUGCUGUGCGUGGUGAAGCCGUCGUCGUCUUCGGCCAAGUCGGCGCCGGCGCGCGACGAGGUCCGCGGCGACGCCGACGCCAUCUCCUUCGCCACCACGCUGCGCAUCCGCAUGCAGGCCCGCUUCAAGCCCCGGAUCAAGGCCUCCAAGGAGGAGAGGGCCCUCGCCAAGAUCAGCCGGCGCGAGCUCGAGGAGGCCGUGGGCCGUCGCCUUGACGACGGCGAAGUCAAGAAGCUCAAGCGCGCGCGGCGCGAGGGCAACUACCACGAGACGCUGCUGGAUGUCAAAGUCAAGAGCAAGCACGACAAAUUCAGCUGA